AUGACCGAACGACCAACUCUUUCCAAACUGAAGGGAACUCGCUCAGCGCAUCGUGGACAGAUGACGAAGCUCCUGAAAAAGGCUGACGAAAACGUCAACGUUUUCCCCCAAGACAACAUCGAAGGUGCGUUAGACUCACUCACUGCUAUCCAUAACUUGAUCUCAUCGAAGUACGAAAGUCUUAUCAACCUCGACAAACAAAUAGUCGAACAGACGGAAGAAAACAGCUUGGAGGCGACUAUCACCGAAUCUGACGAUUACCUGACCGAUAUAUACGAGAAAAAACAUAUUUUAUCUCGAUUUAUCGAAAGAAAGUCGCGAGCUGAUACAAGCCCACCGGCAAGCCCUGCUGUCCCCGCUGCUGCAUCAACCAGUUCAGCAGUCACCAUUGCCGCUUCAUCCACCCAACCUAACAGAACCAUAAACCUACCAAAGUUAUCGCUGCCAACAUUCAACGGAGAUGUUCUGAAAUGGGUGAGUUUUCGAGAUGCAUUUUAUUCCGCAGUUCACAACAAUCCCAAUCUCGAAAAGAUUCAAAGGUUUCAGUACCUACACGCUCAAUUGUCCGACGAAGCCGCUCACACUAUUGAAGGAUUGACACUAACAAAUGAAAACUAUGAUCACGCAAUCGACCUACUUGAACAAAGAUAUGGACGGAAACACAAAGUAAUAAGUGCUUACAUGAAAGCUUUAUGGGAUAUGCCUAAACCAUCUGGCGAUUUCAACAGCUUACGAAACUUUUACGACACCUUAGAAAGUUAUAUUCGUGGGCUCAGUUCGCUCGGAAAAUCCGAAGAAUCCUAUGGCGAUCUACUCGUACCUAUCGUCAUGGAAAAGUUGCCGCCAAAUACACGAAAACAGAUUGCGCGGGAUCAUGGAAAUAACGAAUGGAAUCUAGCCGAACUUCGUCAAGCCAUCCAUAACGAGAUGGACGCUCUACAAGCUGGAUUCUCCGCCGAUCUUCAUGACCGCGAAUUGUACACAGAAACCCCGGUAACUGCGGCAUUCUACACGGGAAGUGACCCGGUCACUUCACGGAAAUCGAUCCGGGCGAGACCGACUAAAUCUAUCGUAUGUGCGUACUGCAAAGAUGCCCAUCCGUCGAUACAUUGUAGAGUUGUGACUGACUACAAUAAACGCCUCGAGAUAAUAAAACGCGAUCGUUUAUGCUUCAACUGUCUCGGUAAACACAAAGUUACGGACUGCCAAUCUAAAUUCAGUUGUCGCGCCUGCAGGAGAAAACAUCACACUUCUCUAUGUAAGGGAACCUCUACGAGUAACGACACGAGCUCCGCUACUCUAGUAACUCAAACACACGUGAACUUUACUACUACCGCGAAUACCGCGUCGCAUAAUGGACCCGUUUUAUUGAAAACCGCCGUAACUGAAGUAUCCGCGGGUAGCGAAACUGCAACGGCUACGAUAUUGUUCGAUGAAGGGGCCACGCGAUCUUUCGUAACUACAAACUUCGCCGAUAAACUCAAUGCACAAACUGACAAAUGUGAAGUCAUUAACUUAGCAACGUUUGGUGAUAAUGGUUCACGUGCUAGAUCGUUUAAUGUCUCUACGCUUUCAGUUCACACCACUACAGGAAAGAAAAAGAACAUUUCCGCACUCGUUGUUCCAAACAUCUCCACUCCCACAAAGAACUUGAUCACUUCGUCCCUAUUGGAAUUACCUCAUCUACGCAAUUUGAACUUAGCCCACCCCAUUUCAGGAAGCGAAUCCUUUGAAAUAUCGAUUCUCAUUGGCGCAGAUUACUACUGGGAUUUCGUGGGAGACCACAUUGUUCGUGGACCCGGUCCAACUGCUGUAUCGUCCAUACUUGGAUAUUUGCUUUCCGGUUCUAUUCAAGGAUACAGACCUAAAAGUGUAUUUGCCAAUGACGCAACUAUUCUACACAUUGCUACUAAUCCGUCUGUUGUAAACGAUCAACUCCAGGAUUACUGGAAGCUCGAGACAAUCGGCAUCACUGAUAAUGCCCAACCUCCAGUAAUGAACACAGACUUCGAACAUUACAGAGAUAAUCAUCUCAAAAUCGAAAACGGACGGUACACUGCGGGGUUACCGUGGAGACAAGACCACCCUCCUCUGCCUACUAACUUUCGUAUUGCAGAGAAACGCACUCGCGCUAUGACUCGUAAACUUCCACCGCAUUUGUUACAAACAUAUGAUGGAAUCAUUAAGAACCACAAAGCGCGGAAUUUCAUUGAAGAAGUUACUGACGACGAUAACCUUCGCGGACCACUGAAACCGGAAAUUACCCGCCGUACACCAGCUACAACCGCUGCUGCGAUUGCCCGACUACGCAUACAGAACAUAAAUGACAUAUGA